GUACUGUCCCUCCGCGCUUUCCGUAUGUUUUCGAGACGAUUGUCAUGUGAAUCCAGCGACUGCCAAAACGUAUGGAGAAAAUUGACUUUAUCAAAUGAACAUAUUUUAUUUUCGUUUACAAUAAAAAGCCAAAAUGCUCUCCCGUUUAUUAAAAGAACACCAAGCGAAACAAAACGAAAGGAAAGAGUUACAAGAAAGACGAAGACGAGAGGCCAUAGCAGCUGCAACAUGUUUAACGGAAGCCCUGGUGGAUCAUCUCAAUGUAGGGGUGGCGCAGGCGUACAUAAACCAGCGCAAGCUGGACAAUGAGGUGAAGACGCUGCAGGUUCAGGCCAGUCAGUUUGCCAAGCAGACGGCCCAGUGGAUCAACAUGGUUGAGAACUUCAACCAGGCCUUAAAAGAAAUCGGAGACGUGGAGAACUGGGCGCGGAGUAUCGAGAUGGACAUGCGGACGAUCACGACAGCUCUGGAGUAUAUGCACAAAGGCCCGGUUCAGCCUACGUCCUCAUGAGUGGAUGGAUUCUGAUGCUCCAAAAUGGACAGAAACGCAGAGGCUUUUCCUCCAAAUGUUGGUGAAACUUCGACACUGUUACUUAUUCCAGUAAAAAAUUGCUGGAACAGCUGUUUAUUUCUGAUUUGGUUAAUUUUUAUUUUACAUAAUAUGCUUGAAUAAUAAAAAAUAUCUAUAGUGCUAUAACUGCUGCGGUGGAGCAUUUUACAUCACAUUUUACCCCCAAAAGUUCACUUGUUCACCUGCACAGACAUACUGUCCUGCUUCUUACUUCAUACAAACUGUUUUGACCAACAUUUCACAAGUGUUUUCCCCAGAAAGCCUCAGAAAUGAACAUAGUACCAGGAUUACACAUUUUUCCUGCCCCUUUUUAGCUUUUAUAGACGUAACAGUGAGCUAAAAUAGAUUUUAUACGUUUUUGUGGGAUUUCACAGUUUGUUAAUUUUUACUGAACCCACGUUAAGCUGUGCACGCACUGUGACGCUACAUAAUCCACAUUUACAACAAGGGCUUUCAGCCUCAGGAUUAACAUAAGGAGAAGGAGUAAAAUGUAAAACUAAGAAAAUGAAAAGCAAGAGCAGAAUGUGGCUGGUUUAAAUCCAGAUUUUACAUGUUUGCCCCAUGGGACUGCAUAUAAGAUGAUUUUUAGCUUGAUUUUGCAGUUUUAGGUCUUCAAGACCAUUUUUACCAUUUUUGAAACUCGAGACCCACAAACAUGUGAAUCCACACAUGGUGUCGCAGAUGGAUGAGAAUCCAAUUCAGAAUUAAAUUCAGUUCCCAUUCAGAAAAAAUGCAUAACAUCAAUUGCUCAAAGAUGAAUCUAAGAGUGAGAGAUGUAUACCUGACAGCAGGGAGACACACAGCAGCACGUGGAGACAGAGCUCCAGAGACUCGCGCACACACAGUGUGUGGGGGUUUUCUGGUUACAGAAUCCCCAAAUGACUAUAAUGCCACUUUGUUUAUAUAUCCAGACCAGAACAAAGAAAUCUUCAAAUCAGUUGUA